AUGGAGAAGAAGGAAACAACCACUUCCAGCCACAAAGGCAUGUGCGAGAAGGUCUUCGAUGCCUUCAACCCUGGUUCCCGACCACAUCGCCGCCUCGCUCUCCACGGUCAAGAACCCGAAGCCACCACCAAUCCUUCGCCAAACCACUCUUUGGGCUCGGCCAUAAAAGAACCGAGCCCUCAGAAGAAACCCAGACCACCUACAACUGAUCAGAAGAAACCAUCAGAGGCUAUUGCUCCCAAGUCUGCACUAAAGCCAACGACUCCGCCGCCGCCGCCUAUAUCAGUGCCAGUUCAGAAGGCCUCCGACAAGGCGGUGCCGACCCCAGCAGCACGAAAGGCAGCGACAAUACCGCAACCAGCACCACCAAAGGCAGCGGCUACGGCAGCAGAUGAAGGCUCAAAGAAGAAUAUUAAUGAGAAAGUAGAGGAUUAUAUCAAACGCGUGAAGGAGAAGAUCCGGUCUGUUUCUGGGGUCGGGAGGACACCCAACCAUAAAUGA